AUGGCCGCGUGGCCGGCUCUGCCGCCUCUCGGGCUGCAGGAACCUCGGAUCCUCGGACCGUCGGACCCCGAGAGCCGCCACCAGCGCCGCGCAGCAGGGGCGGGGGAGGGCCAGUGGAGAAGGGCAGAGCCCAUCACUGGCCAAGGGUGGGCAGGCCCCAGACAGGGGAAGGUCCUUGUGGGGCUGCUGGAGGCUUCAGAGGAUGGGUUGGUCUUCAGAGUGGGUACUGGCGCAGGCCCCCACCUGGGCUCGGGGUGUCCACUUCCCCAUCCCCAACCCCCCUGGAGCUGGUCCAGGCUGAGUGUGGAGUCGGUUCUAAUCCAGUUAGUUGCCUUGCAGAGUGGCGGGUACGAUCUCAACCUCUUCGCCAGCCCCCCUGACUACAACUUCCUGUGCUCCGUCUGCCAUGGGGUUCUCAAGAGGCCCGUGAGGCUGCCCUGCGGCCAUGUCUUCUGCAAGAAGUGCAUCGUCCGCUGGCUGGCCAGGCAGAAGACGUGUCCCUGCUGCAGGGAGGAGGUGAAGCAGAGAAAGAUGGUCCAUGUGCACAGACUCCGGAAGACCAUAGGCCGCCUGGAGGUCAAGUGCAGGAACGCUGAGGCCGGCUGCUUGGUCACCUGCCCUCUGGCCCACCGCCGGGGACACCAGGACUCAUGCCCUUUCGAGCUGAUGGCCUGCCCCAACGAGGGCUGCGCCGCACGGGUGCCACGCGGGGCCCUGGUGGAGCACAGGCAGAGCUGCCCGCUCACGGCCCAGCAGCGCUGCCCCCUGGGCUGCGGAGCCAUGCUGGGCCCAGCUGAGCGUGGGCGCCACAACUGCUACCGGGAUCUGCGUGAGGCGUGGAGCCGGAGCCAGGAGCGCAGCCGCAGACUGUUGCUCUACCUGGCACGCCACACGCGCAAGAUGCACCACGCCACCGGCCUCCUGCGGCGACAGCUGGCCCAGCUGGGGGAAUUCCUGGAGGAGGAUGCCCAGGUGGUGGGUGGGGAGGUCCCACCAGAGGCUGUGACCGCGGCUGAAGGCAGCCCCGAGGCUGAGGUGGGGACCCAGGGCUCAGGUUCCUUGCGCAUAGAGGGGUAA